AUGCCACCCAAAAAAGCGAAGAAGAUCGCUCUCAGCGAGUUCUUAGGCGAUACUGCUCUUGGAUCAUGGGCCGACGAAAUGGAAGACCUGCCCAGUGCCCCGGCACCCAAGAUUGACGAGGACGCCGGCCGUGAUAGUCGGUUCGGCCGUAGGGAUGACUUUUCCCGUCCUGAGAGACCCGGUUUCGCUAGGGAAGAUGUCCCGCUCCCAACUAACCCUCCGUACACUGCGUUCGUUGGCAAUCUUGCUUUCGACUUAGUUGAGGACGACAUCGCAAACCACUUCGCCGAUCUGAAGAUUAAUAAUGUCAAGAUCAUCAAAGAUAGGGACGACAGGCCCAAGGGAUUCGGUUAUGUUGAAUUCCAAACCGUGGAUGAUCUAAAGGAAGCGCUCGGCAGGACGGGCUCGAGCCUUGCCGGAAGAGCUGUCCGUGUCAGUGUUGCAGAGCCUCCCAAGGAACGAUCUGGGUUUGGAGGACAUGGACACGAGGACGAUUCAAAGUUCGACAGCCCCUGGCGUCGAGAUGGACCUUUACCUGAUCUGCCCGGUCAAGGACGCCGACGAUUCGACCCGCAGUCCGCUGAGCGCGCCCCCAGCAUAACCGAUACUGUUAGCGAUUGGCGAUCAAGCCGCCCCCGAGCUACUGAGCCUGAUACUGGGGGAUUCCGACGGAAAGGGUCUGGAAAUUUCGGUAGUGAAAGCGCAGCCGAUAAAGAGGAAACCUGGUCGAUUGGGAGCCGCUUCAAACCAUCCACCGGACCGUCGGAGGACGGUGGAAGCAGGUUCGGUAGCAUGCGCUCCAGAGGCGACUUCCAACCGAGGGAAAGCCCUGCAGAUGAAGGAGACUGGAGGAGCGCAGCCCGUCCCCCACGAGCCUUUGGAAGGAGCGGAGGAUCGCCUACCGACUCGACCCCACCAACCCCGCAAAUGGGUCGCAAGAAACUCGAGUUGCUUCCUCGUUCUGGGCCAGUCUCAGCGUCCCCCAGCCCGUUGUCGUCACCCAAAUUGGCUUCCCAGCCCGCUGCCACCUCCCGCCCGAAUCCAUUCGGCGGCGCCAAGCCUGUUGAUGUCACCCAGCGCGAAAGAGAGGUUGAACAAAAGCUGGAAGCCCAAAAGGAGCGAAUUCCCAUCUCAAGGACAAGUUCGAGGACCGCAUCUGAGCGUACUGCCGGAAACCGUGUUGCGACCCCUCCACCCUCUCAAGCUCGGGCUCCCGCUUCCCCAAAACCGAUUCCAGCUGCUCUGAACUCAACCGUGCGACCAACCUUCAGCUUCGCGAACGCGGCCGCGGCGAAAAAGGCCAAAGAAGGGGGCGAAACUGUUGACCAGUCGAAGGCACCGGAAGCGAGUUCUUAGUCUAGUUUAAUCUGACAUAUGGCCUGGCCAAUAUAUCUUUUCCCAGUACAUAAAGAUGUAAAAUAUAAACCCCUAUUGAC